CGUCAUCCCUCCAGGACCUCCACGGUAAGGAGAGACAGCGGAGACCAAUCCUCUAAGAUGUUCAUUUGGACCAGUGGCCGGAGCUCCACGUCAUACAGACAUGAUGAGAGAAGCCUAACAACCUCUAGACCCCAAAAUAUUUACCAAAAAAUCAGGGAUCAUGAUCUACUGGACAAAAGGAAAACAGUCACCGCUCUCAAAGCAGGAGAGGACCGGGCCAUACUCCUUGGAGUGACGAUGAUGGUGUGUUCCAUUAUGAUGUACUUCCUCCUGGGAAUCACGCUGCUGAGGUCAUACAUGCAAAGUGUUUGGACAGAAGAGACACAGUGCACGCUCCUCAAUGCCUCCAUCACAGAAACCUUUAACUGCUCAUUCAGCUGCGGUCCAGACUGCUGGAAAAUCUCUCAGUACCCCUGCUUGCAGGUGUAUGUCAAUGUAUCAUCUUCGGGGCAGAAGUGCUUACUUUACCACACAGAGGAGACAAUAAAAAUUAAUUCUGAGUGUUCCUAUAUACCCAAGUGUGGCAAGAACUUUGAAGAGUCUCUGUCCCUUGUGAAUGUCGUCAUGGAAAACUUCAAGAAGUACCAGCACUUCUCCUGUUUUUAUGACCCUGAAGGCGUUCAAAAGAAUGUGUUGCUAACAAAACUUUACAGUUCCAACGUGCUGUUCCACUCCCUCUUUUGGCCAACGUGCAUGAUGAUAGGAGGGCUUGCUAUCGUUGCCAUGGUCAAGUUGACCCAGUACCUGUCCCUUCUCUGUGAGAGGAUCCAAAGGAUCAACAGAUAGAAGCAGCAACUCGCUUCCGGGAUUGACUGACAGCUGAAAUACUGUUUUUUUUCAUUCUUCACCAAAGAACCUUAAGUUUGUAAUGUGUACACCUGUUCUUAGUUCCUUAUAUUUUUAUGAAGUAGAGCAAUAAUGAAAAAAGGCUGUUCUAUAUGCAAACGUGAUGCUAUUAUUAUGCAGAUGAUGAGAGAAGGAAUCACCGUUUGCGUUGGCCGUCUACAUGAUCUUGAUUUAUGCUGCAACUUUAGUACUUCUUUCUCUUUUUUUUUUCUUUUGUUCCUCCUUUUUUUCUACAGCCAAAAUAGGGCUCAGUGUGACCCAUUUGCCAAGCCUUGUCGUCAAUGAAUGCAUCAACAUCUCAGUGCAAAUCCAUUCUGGAGGGAUGUAUUACAUUGCUAUGUGUGUUCACAUGAACCAUUUAAGUUCCACUUAAGCCGGGGGGGGGGGAGAUAGAAGGGGUGAGGAAUGGAAGGAAAUUUGGAGAUAAAUAAGUGCAUUGAUUUGCCUGGCUGAAGUGGAACUAAGAUGGAGGCCUUGAUCCAGAGAUCUCUUGCAGGUGUGGGAUCCCCGGCUGCCUCCUCCACCAAGGUCAAAGGGCAAACACACGUGCAAGACAUGAGGGUGGACAUUGCUGCACAUCCAGGCCCCGAUCCAGAGAACAUUAAUCAAACUUAAGGCCCAUUGAAAUCUAUAGGACCUUUUAGCCAUGGUUGACUUUAUUGGGAUGUAAGCGCAACUUACUUUU